GACCAGGAGAAGGCCUUGGAGAAGUAUGAGGAGGUGGUGAAGUCCCUGCAGGAGCGCAGCCAGCACGUCCUGCCGCUGCGGUACCGCCGCGAGCCGCCGCUGCAGCCCGUCCCCGUGGAGGCUCUCUGCGAGUACGAAGGGGAGCAGGGCCAGAUAAGCCGAGGAGCCCACUACACCCUGGAGAAGAACGGCGGAGACAUUUGGGAAGUGGCAGACAGCUCAGGAGACAAGCUGAGCGCCCCGGGGGUCUGCUUCAUGAUCCCCCCGCCUGACGCAGCAGCCAUAGCACUGGCAGACCAAAUUGCUGACCACUAUGUGGCUGUGAAGGAGAAGACAGCCAACUGCAAGAACAUCCUCCAGCAGCGCUACGAGGGGCUGAAGGCAGACAGCAUUGGAGAUGCUGCAUCAGUUCAGGGACGCCAGCUUCUGGCUGGGCUGGAGAAAGUCAACAGCGACCUGGACAAGCAGGAGAAAGCAAUAACAGCAAACCUCCGACCACCGCUGGAGCAGAGUCGGGCCGUGCAGGACAGCACUGAGCGCUCCAAGGACCUGAAGAACAUCACCAAUGAGGUCCGUCGCAUCGAACCCGAGAAGAGGAGGAAGAUUCAAGAGUGUGAGGUCUUCAUUGAAUCUGUGCCGAACACUGGCAGCGCCACCUUGGUAAAGAACAAGGUGGAGAACACCAACAGGAAGUACGACCGCGUGGUCCAGCUGCUCAGUGCUGCCCAAGAGAAAGUUGAGAUGGCCACACACCUCGAGAGGAGCCUCCAACAAGGCCGAGACCUGCUGUCUACCUAUGAGAACAAACUGGUCAUAGAUGACACGGUACCAGAAGAUUUGCGGGUGGUAGACCGUAAGAAAGAAGAGUUGCUGGCCAUGGGCACUGAGCUCCAGUCCAAAAGGUUCCUGCUCAAUGAAGCAGAGCAGAACUUGCUAAGGGCAAAGACGUGCUCCAACACCCUGGCCAGCAAGUUCCAGGAGCACUGCCCUGACAUCGAGCGGCAGGAAGCCGAGCUCUACAAACUCAAUCAGCGCUUCAACAACCUCAGCAAGCAAAUCGACCACAGAACACAGACCCUGCAGAAAGCCCAAAGCGCUUAUUCCAACUACCGCACCAUCUACGACAAAGUCAACCAGUUCCUGUGCAACGUUCCCAACUACGAGCCGCAGGAGACCGACAGCAUCCAGCAAGUGGAGAUGAAGCUGAAGAACCAAGCGGUGCUCCUCGGUGACAUUGCAAGCAAGGAGCAGGAGGUGCAGGAGGUCUCUGCCACAGCUCAGCAGUACCAGCAGGCAGUGAAGGACUAUGAGUUGGAAGCAGAGAAGCUACGGUCCAUCCUCGACCUAGAGAACGGCCGGAACGGGUACAUGAGCAAGAAGCCCAGGCUGCAGUCUCCAGCUGCGAAAGUGAAAGAGGAGGAAGCUCUUCUGGCAGCCAAGUUCACCGAAGUAAAUGCUGUGAACAAACAGAGGCUGCAGAACCUGGAGUUCGCUCAGAGCCUCCUGCGGCAGCAACCAGAGGUUCAAGUGACAGAGGAUUUUGUCCAGACCAAAAAAUCCCUAAGGCCGGUGGAAGAAGUCUGGAAGUUGAAGAAAGAGCUUGAGGAUGAGACUCAACGUCGGCAACAGCUAGAAGCAGAAAUCAAAGCCAUUCAGAACAACAUUGUCCACCUGCAAAACCAGAAGCCUCAAGAAACUGUCGUUAAGAAAGAACUGCUGAAGAAAGUGCCUGACCCUCAGCUGGAGGAGAGCUUCCACAAACUGCAGCAAAACCUCGCAGAAGAGCAGCGCAAGAACCAGGUGCUGCAGGACGAGCUGGAGGCUCUUAAAAUCAGGCUGCGCGUUUUGGAGCAUGAGAAGAGGGAAGGAGGGCAGGAGUACAUAGUGAAAGAGGUCCUGCGUAUUGAGCAAGACAAGGCUCAAGCUGAUGAAAUCUUGAAGCUCAAAGAAGAACUGGAAGAGCUCAGGAGGCAGGAAGGAACCAGAGAGAACGAAGUCAUCCUUUUACGCCAACAAAUCGCCGUGCUGUCCAGCGAGAAGAACAAAGAGCAGGAGAAGGUAACGGAGAAGGAGGUGCUGAAGCUGCAGAACGAUCCCCAGCUGGAGAUGGAAUUCCGGAUGUUGCAAGAGAACAAGCAGAGGGAGAGCGCCCUUCGGCAGAAGCACGAGGAAGAGCUCAGCUUCCUCCAGGACAAGCUCAAACGUCUGGAGAAGGAACGAGCCAUUGCCGAGGGCAAAAUUACCGUCAAGGAGGUGCUGAAGGUGGAGAAAGACCUGGCCAUUGAGAGAGAGGUGAAUGAGCUCCGUCGCCAGUACGAAGAUGAGAAGUCCAAGGGUCGUUCCAAUGAGCGGGAAAAGGCUGAGCUGCUCAGGAAGAUCCAGCUGCUGGAGGAAGAGAACUCCAAGGUGGUUGUCCAGGAGAAAGUGCGUGAGAUUGUGCGCCCAGAUCCCAAGGCUGAAAAUGAAGUCGCCAACCUUCGUUUGGAGCUGGUAGAGCAGGAGAGGAGAUACCGAGGUGGUGAUGAACAGCUGAAGAGCUGCCAGAAUGAGCUGGCUGCUCUGAGAAACAGAGGACCACUGGUAGAAGUCAAAGAAGUCAUUAAGGAGGUCAUCAAGUACAAGAAUGAUCCAGAAACUGAAAAGGAGCUACAGCGACUCCGGGAGGAAAUCAUAGAGAGGACAGGAGCAAUUGAAAGAGCUGACCUCGAGAUCUACCAGCUGAAACAAGAGAUACAAGCUUUGAAAGAUACCAAACCUCAAGUGCAUACAAAGGAAGUUGUUCAAGAAAUUCUGCAGUUUCGGGAAGACCCCAAGACCAGAGAGGAGGUCGAGUCUCUGAGAGUGCAGCUAGCAGAUGAACAGAUGAAACACAUCGACCUGGAGAGGGAGCGGCUACUCCAAGAAGAGAAAGUAAGACAGAAGGAGGAAGAACUUUCACAGGUGAAGGAGAAAGUGGUCCAACAGGAAGUAGUGAAGUAUGAGCAAGAUCCUACCUUGAAAGCUGAAGUCAACUCCUUCUCUCAGAGCAUUGAGAGCGAGCUGAACCAAAUCGACUGCCUCCGUGAAGAACUGCGCAAGCUGCAGAGGAGACGGUCUGAGCUGGAGCGUCAACUAGAAGAACUUGAGAAAGAGAGACAGGCCCGCAGAGAGGCUGAGCUAGAGGUGCAGAGGCUGAGGAUUAGGUUGAAUGAGUUGGAAGAACAAGAGAGGGAGACAACAGAACGAGUGACUGUGAAACAGAAAGUGAUCCUUCAGCAAGAUCCCCAGCAAGAGAAGGAGCACUCCCUCCUCAAGCUGGAGCUAGAAGAAGAGAAGCACCGGAGACAGGUCUUGCAAACUGAACUAGAGGCCCUGAGAAAGAAGCUCCUUUCUUUGGAGAAGAUGGAGGUCAAAGAGAAAGUGGUCUUUUCAGAGAGCGUCCAAGUGGACAAAGGAGACACUGAGUAUGAGAUUCAAAAGCUGAAGAGCAAUCUGGAGGAAGAAAGUAGGCGUAAGAGGGAGCUGGAUGCAGAUAUCAACCGCCUCGAAACCAGGCUGUCCGAGGUGGAAUUCAACAACUCCAAGUCAUCAAAGGAGCUAGACUUAUUAAGGGAGGAAAACCACAAACUCCACCUUGAGAAACAGAACCUGCUGAUGGAAACAAGGAGACUGCAAUCAGAGAUUGAACUCACAGCAACAGAAGCUCGGGAUUUGAGAAACAUGACCCACGUGGACAGUGGAAUAAACCUGGACUCCAGAUUCCAAGCUUUGGAAAGAGAGUUAGAUGAUCUGAAGCAGUUAUCCAGAGAAAAAGACGCGGAGAUCGAGCAACUCCAGAAUCGCCUCAAGACGGUGGCUAUCAAGAGGGAACAAAGAGAGAACCACCUGAGGCGCUCCAUUGUGGUCAUUGACCCCGACACGGGAAAAGAAAUGUCUCCAGAGGAAGCUCAUGUGUUUGGCCUCAUCGAAUGGAGCCUGUUUGUCAAACUGAAGAGUCAGGAAUGUGACUGGGAGGAGAUCUCAAUAAAGGGUCCCAAUGGGGAAUCGUCUGUGAUCCUCGACAGGAAGUCUGGUAGAGAGUUCUCAAUUGAGGAUGCCUUGAAGAGUGGAAGACUCAGCAUGGCUCAGUACAACAGUUACCUCAACAAGGAGAUGUCGAUCCAGGAGUUGGCAGUUCUGGUGUCCGGAAGUAAUUACUCAGCGCUCCCUCCACUUUAGAAAGUUGUUUCUGAAGAGCAGCUCGUCAGAGCUGCACCACUUCUGUUAGACAACCAGAUCACUGCAAAUCCUUUGCCCUCCUUUGUGUCUUCCAAAACGCUAGAGCCUCUGCCCAGCCAUGCUAUGAAGCCACGCUGCUUGCUGUCACACACUGCAGAAAAGCACCAC